CAUAGAUUCACUCGCCUCAUUCGCAGUUGGUCCGUCAGUCCAUGCGAUCCGCAUUUGCAUUUCCAUCCGCACCAGCAUUUUCCAGCGGCACACAAUCGCGUCGGCAAAUGAAAAUUCCCGUUGUUAAAACUACAAGUUAAAGUUUCAAAAAUAACUUAAAUUAAUAACAGAAAUACAAGUUUUAGUGAACACUGUGGACUGCAAAGCUUACCAAACUGGAUACUUUAGGGUUUAAAUAUUUCCAUCAAAGGAAAAUGGGCACAGCGGGCGAUCGCCUACUGGAUAUUCCCUGCAAAGUUUGCGGCGAUCGAAGCUCCGGAAAGCACUAUGGGAUCUACAGUUGUGAUGGCUGCUCGGGGUUUUUUAAGCGCAGCAUCCAUCGAAAUCGCAUUUACACCUGCAAAGCCACCGGUGAUCUGAAGGGGCGGUGUCCUGUGGACAAGACUCAUCGCAACCAGUGUCGUGCGUGUCGCCUCGCCAAGUGCUUCCAAUCGGCCAUGAACAAGGAUGCUGUCCAGCACGAGCGAGGUCCGAGGAAACCAAAGCUGCAUCCGCAGCUGCAUCACCAUCAUCAUGCCGCGGCCGCUGCUGCGGCUGCCCACCAUGCAGCAGCCGCCCACCACCACCACCAUCAUCACCACCACGCCCAUGCCCAUGCCGCAGCCGCCCACCAUGCUGCCGCUGCUGCCGCGGCUGCUGCCGGACUACACCAUCACCAUGGCGGCCACCUUCCCGUCUCCCUCGUGACGAAUGUCUCGGCCUCUUUCAACUACACGCAGCACAUCUCCACGCAUCCGCCUCCCCCGCCGACGGCAGCGGGAGCAUUCCACCUGGCGACCGGUGGGCAGCAGCAGGCGGGAGCUCCUCUGGGACACCACCAUCACGCGGGAUCCGGCGGUCAACAACAGCAGCAUGCGACGGCCUUCCAUCAUCCGGGUCAUCCGGGGCAUGCGUUGACGGCUCCUCAUAGUGGCCUGAACAGCGGCGGCAAUGGCAGCUCCAUAUCGAGCAGUGGAUCCGGAGCCGGCGGCCCGUCGCUAUCCUUCCCCCAGCAUCUACUGCAUCACAACUUGAUUGCCGAGGCGGCCAGCAAGUUGCCUGCCAUUACAGCGACGGCCGUAGCCGCCGUGGUGUCUUCCACCAGCACACCCUAUGCCUCGGCGGGUCAGAUGGUGCCCACCGGCAGCAAUAACUACUCCUCCCCCUCGCCCAGCAACUCCGUGCAGUCCAUCUCUAGCAUAGGAUCGCGGAGCGGAGGCGGAGACGGGGGCCUGAGCCUGGGCAGCGAAAGUCCGCGCGUGAAUGUGGAGACGGAGACCCCCUCGCCCUCUGCCUCUCCACCGCUUAGUGCCGGUAGCAUUUCUCCAGCGCCUACGCUUACAGACUCCCACAGCCUGGCAGCUUCUUCCGGAUCCCCCCUGCCUCGUCAGACAUCGCAGCAUAGCCUCAGUGACGCCAUAACACCUCCUAGCCAUGGUUUACUACGGAUCCACAACAAUAAUAACAGCAUCAUCAACCACAAUAACAACAAUAAUGGGGAGAAUAAGCAGGCCAGCUUUACAUCCGGGUCACCCACACCUACAACGCCCACUCCUCCGCCAAUCCGAAGCGGGGAGAUAGCCUGUCAAUCAUCGGCAGCAGUGGCAUCAGCGUCCAAUGGCUUCCUGGAGCUGCUGCUCAGCCCGGACAAGUGCCAGGAGCUGAUCCAGUACCAGGUGCAGCACAACACACUCCUCUUCCCGCAGCAGCUGCUCGAUUCGAGGCUGCUCUCCUGGGAGAUGCUGCAGGAAACGACGGCGCGUCUGCUAUUUAUGGCGGUGCGCUGGGUGAAGUGCCUCAUGCCCUUUCAGACGCUCUCCAAGAACGACCAGCACUUGCUGCUUCAGGAGUCCUGGAAGGAGCUAUUCCUGCUCAACCUGGCGCAGUGGACAAUUCCUUUGGACCUCACUCCUAUUCUGGAGUCGCCUCUCAUCCGGGAGAGGGUGCUGCAGGACGAGGCCACGCAGACGGAGAUGAAGACCAUCCAGGAGAUCCUGUGCCGCUUCCGCCAGAUCACGCCCGACGGCAGCGAGGUGGGCUGCAUGAAGGCCAUCGCCCUGUUUGCUCCGGAAACAGCCGGAUUGUGCGACGUCCAACCCGUUGAGAUGCUGCAGGACCAGGCGCAAUGCAUCCUAUCCGACCAUGUGCGCCUGCGCUACCCCCGCCAGGCCACCCGCUUCGGGCGGCUCCUGCUCCUACUGCCCUCGCUGCGCACCAUCCGGGCGGCCACCAUUGAGGCGCUGUUCUUCAAGGAGACCAUUGGAAACGUGCCGAUCGCCCGCCUGCUGCGCGACAUGUACACCAUGGAGCCUCCGGCCCAGGUGGAGAAGUGAACCGGUCUCGGCAGGCCCGGCUUUGCAAUGUAAUCAAAAUCGAUUUAGUAGCACUUAGGCGGCCAACAGUUCUGUCACUUGCAAAAAUAUUCAUAUUCCGAGCGCGACCUAAAAAAACGUAAAAACAGUUUUGAUUCGACGGGGAGGGCGCUGAAAAAGUUGUGGAAAUGAACUAAUUCGCUGCGGCAAUAGACGCAGCUGCGACAAUUCGCAGGGGCCAUGUAAAGGAUAUAUAUGUAAGGCCACGCCCCUGCAUUGGAGCCACGGCAGCCGCCGCCCACACGCCUCCUCUGGCCACACACAGGACUACGGUUCGCGGCCUCGCUUGCUUUUACUUUCGUACCAUUUUCUAACACUCUAUAUCCUUAUUUUAUUUCAUCUUUUACCAAUUUUUUUUUCGCUUGCCUGUGUGGUCCGCUUUAUUUAUCUUUCAUUCGACGUUUUGUCGUCGUUUUUCUAAAAAUUGAUCAUGUUAUUUCAGCCUGGCAAGGACCUGGCAGGGCAUCCAUCAUCCAUUUUAGCUCCACCUUGCCCCAUUCCAUCUCUAAAAACGCCUG